CUCUUCCUCUUCCAGUCGCUGCUGGGCUCCAUCGUCGAUGCAUUUCUCAUUGGCUGCAUGUUCAUCAAGAUGUCCCAGCCCAAGAAGCGAGCUGAGACCCUCAUGUUCAGCCAGGCUGCAGUCAUCUCGCAGCGGGAUGGCACGCUCUGCCUCAUGUUCCGUGUCGGCAACCUCCGCAACAGCCACAUGGUGUCUGCUCAGAUCCGCUGCAAGCUUAUCAAGUCCCGACAGACACCAGAGGGAGAAUUUCUGCCGCUAGACCAGUGUGAACUGGAUGUUGGAUUUGGAACUGGAGCUGAUCAGCUGUUUUUAGUUUCUCCAUUAACCAUCUGUCAUGAAAUUAACUCAAAGAGCCCCUUUUUUUGUCUCUCACAAAGAUCACUAAGAAGCGAGCAAUUUGAAAUAGUUGUCAUCCUUGAAGGAAUCGUUGAGACUACCGGAAUGACAUGUCAAGCUAGGACCUCAUAUACAGAAGAUGAAGUUCUUUGGGGUCACAGAUUCCUCCCAGUAAUGUCCCUAGAAGAUGGCUUUUUCCGUGUCGAUUAUUCUCAGUUUCAUGCUACGUUUGAAGUCCCCACUCCUCCUUACAGUGUUAAAGAGCAAGAAGAAAACCUGUUCCUGUCAUCUCCUUUGAAUAGUCCUGUCGAUAAUAAAACCAGAAGAGAGCAAGUUUGUUCUCUUGACUGUAUUGAUAUUGCAGGACAGAAAAACAAGCUCCCUUUUAAACUUAAGAUUAGCUCGAGAAAGGGAGACCUUCCAAGAAGAGCCCUGAGCAUGAGUUCCAGUAACAUAGAGAAGACUUGCAGCACUGGAGAUCUCUUGAAAAUUCAAGAAAUAAAUCCCGUCUCUGACAGCGAAGACAGUGAUAAUAGGGUACAGUUGAAAGCCUUACAAAUAAAUGCUGAGGCUUUAACUCAGUCUACUGGUGUUCUCGAGUUACAGAAGAACCCUCCAAAUAUUUGUGCUCUAGAGAUGAAAUUGGAAGAUAAUUUUCCUGCCAAACUUCAAAAAAUGAACUCUGAUCGCAUCUCUUAA